UACACCACCAGCUUAUAUUGGGUGUGCGGACUAUGCGUCGGUGCGGGAUAUUUCAUCCCAGUCGACGAUUAUAUUAUACCAGAUCUAUUGCUAUCGUCAACCAUCGGUAUAAUUGGUCUGCUAUUCCUUAUAUAUUCAUUCACGACUCUGCUCCGUCUGUUCAUAUACGGACAACACGAGAAAUACUUGUACAACGGGAGACUGAAGGACCUCGAAGAAUAUAUGAAGUUGAAGCGGAUACCGAAGAGUUUAUACCGGAAGGUUCUGUUGUUCCUGAACUACAAAUUCCACGGAACUUAUUUCAACGAGGAGGCCAUACUGAACACGAUUAACGAACAGAUCAAACAGGACAUUAACAUGCACUUCUGCAAGAAGCUGGUCACGAACAUACCGAUCUUCCAGGAUAUGCCCGUGGCGUUCGUCAAUACAAUCAUUUUUAAUCUAACGCACGCCCUGUAUAUGCCGGGGGAGAUCGUGGUCUCGUGCGGGGAGAACGUCAACUGUUUGUACAUGAUCUCGUCUGGGACGGUCUCCAUUUUGAAUUCUGUUGGAAAGGAGUUAACUCAUCUCCGAGACGGCGCGUACUUCGGCGAGGACGCUCUCUACGACCCUGACAAGAUACGAACCACCACCGUCCUCACCCUGGAGAUUACUGAGAUGUACAAGUUAACCAACGAGUCGUACCGGGCGUGUAUCCGUCCCUACCCUCACCUGGACGACCGGCUGAGAGCCAGCUCCGUGUACACCAGCAGACCCAACAUUCGGACCAGGAAAUACGACUAGGAGCUAGGAGCCUGAUGGAGGUAUGAUGAUUAAGGAUUUUACUAGAGCAACGGAGAAGUUCCGAAGAAAUUACUUAUGAUAUCGGUUGCG